GGACGGGGGCUGUCGAGGAUAUUUUCAAUUGUAGUUUUUAAAAUCGACAUUAGUGGGGUUUCAUGUCAGCUGUAGUCAUUACAGGGCGUGAUGAGGGCAUCAUACGUGCGAUGUUUUGCAUUGCAGGAACCAUUUGUGAGAGAGUGAGGGAGUAAUGGAGAUGUUAAAGAAGUGAUGCACGGAACGCACACAACAGGCGACGCCCUCUUGUGUUUAGUGUCAAAGAUGAGGAGCUGUAGAGCCCCUCGCCCUGUGUAGUGGCCUGUGUGAGUGUCUAGUGUAGUGAGUGUGGGCGUGGGUGCUACAGAGUGAUGGCGUCCCCGGGCCCGCGCCCCGACACCCACCCUCAGGACCCUCCUGCUGCUGCUGCUGCUGCUACCUCUGCUGCCACUGCUGCUGCGUCGCCACCAGCCAUGGCGGGCGCGGCUGCCACAGCAAGCCCCCAAAAGUCCUCGCAGCAGCAGGGACAACCCUUCGAGCCCCUGGAUAAAUCUGUCAGCCAGACGGUGAAGUUAAACCCCAAGAUGGAGUUGAGUCGCACUGAUCUCCUGAAAUUGCUCUCCUAUAUGGAAGCUGAACUACAGUCACGGGAUGUUGUUAUAGCAACUCUGAAGACGGAAAGGGUAAAAAACUUGUUGCAGUAUGGCCGUGUAGGACUAAGUGACCCAUUCCUAGCCCUACAGCGGGACAGCAUUGGGGGCUCUGUUGUUCGGGGUGGUGGUGUCAAUGAGGCAGAGCUUCGGGCAAUAGAGGAGACGCAGCUAGCCCAACUAGAGCACUUGAUUGCCCAGCAGCGUAAAGCACAUCAGAGGAUGCGGCAUGUUCUAAGGGAGGCAGAAAAGCGGCAUUCUCGAGUUGUAGCAGAACUAGAGGAGGAGCGAAGGAAACAUGAGCAUGACACAGCACAAGGUGAUGAUGUAACUUAUGCACUAGAGAAGGAUCGCACGCGAUUGAAACAGGAGUUGGAAUCUGAGAGAGCAGCUAAAAAGAAAGCCGAGAAGGAGCUUCGGAAAGUUCAGGAGACAUUGGAAGAGGAGCGAGGAAAGCAAAAACAAAUAAUCUUAAUGUUAGUUGAAGAGCGCAAAAGGUUGGCACUCCAGUAUGUUGAGGAAAGAAAAAGAUCUGAAGACUUAGCUCAGAUUUUGUCAGAAGAGAAGGGCAGAAUUGAUUCAAUGGCGGAGGGCUUGGAGGAAGAAAGUAAAAAGUCACUUCAAAUGGAGGCAGAACUAGAGAAGCAGCUAGCAGACUUUGACACCGAGCGGCAGCAGAUGAGGGGCCAGCUUACAAAAAAAGAGGAGAGGAUCAGUGAAUUAGAGGCAAUGCUUGAAAAGUUACAACAUGAAGUAGACCAUUAUAAGAAGCAGUUGCAAGAAGCACACAAUGUUGCCAUGUUUCAGCAAACUCUCUCUGUUUCGCCUCCUCGGAUUGGCAUUGCCACUCGCCCUUCUCCCCCGCAGCUUCCGGCUAAACCAGCUACCCUCACGCAGACUCAGCCAAGAAUGCCAGGUCUCACUCCGCCUAAGGUAGCGCCACGAGUUAGAGCGGCAUCACCAGGUAUUGAUGAAGUGACUGGUGUCCCAUUGAGUUUAGGAAUGAGUGUUGCUCAACAUCAUGUUACUGUUCCUCACUCAUCCUCAGGAGGGGCUAACCCUACCCACAUGGUACCCCCUGGUGUGGCAGCGAUGAGUAGCGUUACUAAGGCAGUGCAACUUACUGCUACAGUUAACUCUGUUCCUGUGGCUGGCCCAACUACUGGUAUCGCUCGUGGAGUCCAGCCUGGAGUUGGUGUCCGACCAGUUAUGUAUAGUGUAUCUACGUCAGAAGUUACUCGAACUGUUACUACUGCGGCUAAAAGUUAUAGCGUAAGUGAAAGUGAGGGUGGAUGGACAGGCAGUGGUGAAGGUGAGGGGACCACCAAUGCACAAAGUGGAGUAGCAGGCACUGUGGAGCGUGGAUUGGUACGGGUUACUGGGCCUGGAGAAGUUCGAGGCCAAGCUCAAGUGGUGCAAGUGACCCCACGGGUCAAUGUUUCUGCAUCACCUGGCACAAAGGUCAUCACCACAACCCAUGGGGGAAAGGUGACCUUCCAUGUCACCACAAAUGCUCCCACCUCAACAGCCACAUCUGCUUCAUCUGCAUCCAAUGGUCAGCAACAACAGCAGGUCCCUCCACAAACAAUGACGAUGACCAAGAAGCCACCCCCCCCAGCCAGAUCUACUCAGCCUGGGGGACCACCACCACCUGUACCCUCAAACAAACCAUUGGCAGCACCCCCUAUACCCCCAAAUAAACCAGCAGUUCCCCCAAAGAAAGACUUGGUGACACGUGUAGGGGCUGGGGGCCAAGGUGUGUCAGUAGAACCUGGAACACCAAUCAGUGUAGAGGUUAAACCACAAAAGGUUGGGCCUCAGACAGUCAAAUUUGGCAUCACAAUAUCAAAGACACCAGCCAGUGGGAGCCAGACAGUAGGCUCUGGUGGUGGUAGUAGUCAAGCAGUGGUUGGUGUGGGGCCAGGGGGAUCAGGGGGGGGCUCUGAUGCUCCCGUUGCCCCAGCAGUGGAAGGGGGAGCAGUGUCCCCAAGGAGAGACGCGGCGCAGGUUGGUGGAGGAGGUCCCCCGGUGCAUGCCACUGCCUGUGUGGACUCCCUCUCUCCUGAACUAGAGCACUUCCACCAGUUACUCAUUAGCAUGGCAGGCUCCUCAAACAUAGCAGUACCAACCUCCCCAAACCUAGCUCCCAGCCUCUCCAGUGUCCCUGAUAUACAUAACGUUUCUUCAUCUCCAUCCCCUGUCUCUCCUUCAUCCUCCAGUAUCUCUUCCCCAGUCCGCCCUCUCUCACCACUCCUCCCACCUCUCUCUCCUCCCCCUCCUCAGACUGCAAAACUAAGUGCAGAUGAUGGAGGCCUUGUUUCACCUCCAUUGUGUACAGUAGCAUCAUCACCACAAGCUUUCAGCUUUCUAACAAGCCCUUCUUCUCAAGCAGCAGUAACAGCUUCUUCACCAUCCUCCUCCAACUCCUCUGUUUCACCACCUCCAUUACCCUCAUCAUCCCCCCCACCAUUAUUCUCGUCAUCUCCACUCAGCCCUACUUUGGGCUCCAUGUGUAUUUCGACAAACUCUUCCCCUGUGGUCAGUUUAGCUUCAAGUUUGUCCUCUACAUUAACCCCAUCUGCUUCAGUAAAGAAUAAUUAUUGUUCCUCUAUACCUGGUGUGCCACCUCCCUUACCUCUCACUGAUCCUCCUGUUCUCCUGGCCCCUAUGGAUGGCGAGGAACUGGAACCCCCCCAUUCCCCUCUCGAUGUAUCAACACCUCUCACUAUGGAUGGGAUGACUGCCUUGCAUCUUGCGGCACAUGGAAACAACUGGCAGUCAGUGCCGGUGCUUGUGAGAUGCGGUGCCAGUGUGAGUGCUGAAGAUGAUGAUGGUCGCACGCCCACCUACCUGGCUCUGCUGUAUGCCUGCACCCCAGCUGCAGCUGAACUGCUUAGCUUUCCCCAGUCUUUAGAGCACACAACAAAGGAUGGUUGCAAUUACUUGCAUGCUGCCAUAAAAUCGGGUGAAGUUGAAUGUGUGGAACUUCUGGUGCAGCACAUUCUGGCUGCAGAGGCAGGGCCUAAUCUUUUACAUAGACUAGCAACAGGACCAGACCAUCGUGGCAAUACACCACUAGCCCUAGCCUUGUCUACCACCAACACACAGAUGUUGUCAGCCCUCAGUCAAGCAGGACUAGAUCUGGCUCCCUUGAUCAAUCAUAAUCCAAGACUUGUUAACCUGGCAUCAUCAGCUGCACUUGCCCUUAUCUCAAGUUCUGAUCGGAGCGAGUGUACUUGUUCUGUGUGGAUUGAAGGCCUCGAGUUAGAGAAGAUCGGCAGCCGUGAUACAGUUGUCAGAGCUAACGGAGAAGAAGGCCUGGAGAGGAAUGCUUGUGAGAGCGGCCAGAGAUGGGCUGUGGGUGCUGUGCGUGUAACUCCUGCCACACUGUGGGCUGCUCUUGAGGAGACCCUGACAUCCUUGGUGCUUCAUCAUUGGGAAGCCUUGGCAAGAAGUCAAGGAGUGGGAAUCGUAUCUUCAAGCAGUACAAAGGGUCGCACUACUCCAGUACGUGGAGAGAGAAGACGUUCUGAUCCAUUACAGGAAAUAGAAGUCUGCACAUCCUUCCUAGGCCUCAACAAAUCUGCUGUUAGUCACUUCUCAAUUGGACACCACAAGUGGACACGGGGAGAAUAUGGCCUUGUUAGUGGACCAUACGACCUGUUGGUGAACAACAGUGCUCAGGACAUCUGUAUACACUUGCAUACAUUAGAGGCUACUGCUUACUCCCUCCUUGUACCUGUUCCCAUUUUAAAGAACUACCUUCGACUGAUUGAACAGUCUCAAUGUGUGGUGGUUUAUGGUCCAAAGGAUAGUGGCAAGCGUUCCCUUGUAAGAUGUCUAGCUCAGCUGAAGGGCGGCAGCAGUGUAGGCAUCACACAUAUUGAUAUGGGUGGAGGCAUAUCUAAUGGGGAGUCUGUAAGAGGCAUUUUAGAAAGUGGAGGGGGAUUAGUCGUCAUAGAGCGUGUAUCAAGAGAGGCAUGGCCUGGUGUAUGGGGUACUGUAUGUGGGAGUAAUAAUGGAACUGUUCUAGUUACCAUGGAUGCAUGGAGAAGGCCAGGAGGUGGGCAACUAGAGGGAGGGGUAUUGUGGGUACAGUUGCGUCAUGAUCGAGAACCCAUGGUGGCAAUGAUCUCUCGUGCUAUGACACGUCACAUGGCCUCUCUACAUGCAGGAGUCCUGCCAUCUCCUAAUUCCCAAACUCAAAAGGCUAUAGACUGGGUGGCAGGGGCUUGGGGAAGGCUUGCUGCAACUCUUAUGGCUCUAGGAUUUUCAUCAGCUCUUCAUGGACCUCACCUCUUCAUCCAAACUCUCCUUGGUGCCAAUAAUCCAAGAGAUAUACUGAGGGGUGUGGAACACCUGUGGAAUAAUGUGAUAAGUGCAGAAAUUCGAACUGAAGUUAUUAGUGUGUGGAGGAAGUCCAGUGUUGGAGGGGAAGUGGAUGAGGCAAGGGUAACAAGCAUGGCAUUAUAUGUUGUCAUCCAACGUAGUCUUGCUCCUGGCCUACCUCUUCCCACAACAGAGGCACACAGCUUCUUGGCAGCUCUUGAUGGUGGUCUUGGCAGGUCAGCCUUUCGAGGAAUAAAACCGCCUCUUCCACCUCCUAGACCAAAAGACUUACCCUUGGAUGUGGUAGCUGGUGGCUCCUGUAGCCCAUCAUUUGAGAGAACUGACAACUCACACCAGAUGGCACAUCCUGUAGGUUUGGCAUCACCUACAUCCCCUGAUUGGGAUGAAGCUAAUCUAACUAAAAUUUUAGGGUUAUCUCCCAUGGGAUAUGCAUGACCUGUAAAAUUACCUGACCAUCUUGAAGUGGCAAUGACAAUUCUGCUAGAUUGGAUACCAAUUAUUUAAAUUUCACUUUUUGCUUUCUUUCAUUUUCAUUAAUAUGAAGAGUACUUUCUCUAAAAUAAGUUAAUCUCAUUCUUAUAAUUUAUUUUGCCAAGCCAAGUGGCUAAAUAUUUUUAUAAUUUACCUUCAGGAAGUAUGAAUAUCAUUUUAGUCCUGAUUAUAUUGCAAUAUAAUAAUUUAGGAAAACAUUCAGUAAUAGUUUGUAUUAAAUAAUAACCUUCUAGCUUUAUUGCUCAGCUCUGCCCUCUAUAUAGGUGCUACUUGUGAUUGAUGCCUGUGUUUAAGAGGAGCUGAGUACAGCAAAAUGAAGAAAGACUUCGUUGUGGGUGUAGAGGCAGUGGAUGAAUGUAGUUACCUAGUGUGAAUGCAUCCCCUUAUAUGUGAUACCUGGUGGUAUUCCUCAACUUUAUACUAGCCUAUUGGAACAGCUUGAUGUGAUACUUGCAUUUGUUCUUCCAGUGGUUUGAACUAUUUUUAUUUCCUAGUGCAGAGCUUUUUUAUACUGACAAGUGAUAAGCAGCCAGUUGCACGCACAGAGGAGGAUCACAGCCAAUAGCUUUAAGAUAAUGGUAAAAAAAACAAAAAGUUCGCUGACCUGAUGUAUUUCCACAGGAAACAUAAAUAGAUACAUAAUUUUUUGAGAGCAUCAGAAACAGAUGAUGCAGUUACCAGCCCAGACUGGGGUUUUGUAAGCAUAGUGUGUGUGCCACUAGAUUAUAAAGCAUUAGGUCCUUCGGUCCUAAGCUAAUGCGUUUGAAGACCAAUUUAUUUAGGUCCAUCACUACUUAGACUGAAGGCCAAUUACCUCUUAUCAAUAAUAUGAUUAAUCCCACACCAUAGUUUCAGAUCUUCCACUUGUAGCACAGACCUCACUGACAAUGUUAGAAAAGUAUUUAUUCCCCUGACAGACCUGGUGUGGUGUGUGAUUACUCCUUGAAUUAUAGAAGAGAUGUUGGCUGGUAGUCAGACUUAGAAAGAAUACCUGAUGGCAGUUGCUAAGCCAUAUAGGACUUUAUUAUGAUAAAGAACUUUGUAUGUGAUUCUUUAGUCAUGUGAUCUACUCAUGAAAUUGAGUUCUCAUCUAAUACUUAAUAGGUAAUGAGUGUGUGAUAGUGUGUGCAAGAGAAAUUACUCCAACCUAGAACAACCUUGAGUUGUAUAGUAGGAAUAACAAUUGUUUUAAUUGUCUGAAGAGAGAGGAAUCAACAUAAAAAGAGAAAUUGUGUUUUUAAAGCUUGUUAAGACACCCUUUACAUGAUCUCACGUACCAUGAAGUCGUUAAGCAUAUCCAUAUUUAUGGCAAAAUGCAAUAUACUUAGUUUUAUGGAGUUCCACUUUCAGACCCAAACAAUCUGUAUGCAUUUGCUUUCUUAACUUGAAGUGAUUAUUGUUGUUAUUACUACUACUUUUUUAUCAUUAUUAUUUUUAUGUACAUGUUAGUAUUUAAGAGAGCACAUGUACAAAUGAAACAAACAGAAAAAAAAUUGGAUUAAAUAAUCAGUCAACCUAAUUUCAUUGUAGUGGCCUGGUUGAAGAGCAGGUAGUAUAAAUAGUUACAUUAAUAAUUUAUAUAAUGUAGUGAAUCAUUCUGGCCUUGAAUGUUUUAGCUAAAUGUGUAAUCAACAAUGAUUGUCUUUAAAAUUGAAUAAAUACCCUCACUUUCUUUCCCAGUAAUCCAAGUUGCUGUAGAACUACUCAGUGUAAUGGACUCAGUUUUAUAUUAAACAAAAAAUAAUGGUUAGUCAUAUAGAACAUUCAGUUGGAAGUUAAAGAAAAACAUCAAUUAUUAGGCUGAGGCUACACAAGGUCAUAAUACUGAUGUUUGUAAAUGCCCAUAAAUUUUGUAACAUUUUCUUUUUAACCUUCAGUAGUACUGUAGGAUAUUUUAUUAUAUUAAUGAAGAGGAAAUACUAAAUAUAAUUUUUUUUAUUACUAUAAAAAUUUAUUGACCAGUUUUAAGACCUAUGGAUGUGUUAUGGUACAAUUGGUGAUUGUAAAGAAUUUUUGAGAUUUGAGAAUAAUUACCAAAUUCAUUAUUUGGUGAGGUUUGUAAAGAACAAAAUCCUAGUCCUAUUUUUAAAUAAUUAUAUUUGUUGAAACAGCUUAAGUGUGUUAUGCAUCAGACAUCUCCAUAUCUACCAGUCUUCUGAUUUAUGUUAAUAGUAGUUGGUAGAAAAUGAACAGUAAAAUGCUCUGAUCACUUAGAUGAUUCACAGCAAUUUAGAAGACAGGAGGAAUCACACAAGGGAUGUAUGGUGCUGUAUAUAGUCUCAACACAUAUGAGCAACAUUACUGACUAAUGGAUUUUUAGCAGUGAAUGCUAAAUAGGAAUACUUCUGUAGUUGCUGGGUGAAGAAAGUUCUUUUCCUUCAUGGUAUAGUUAAUGUGUAAAGUAACCAUAUGGUGCCUUCAGUGUGGUUACUGAAGUUUACCUGCAUACACUAACAUCUUAAAUAAAAGAAAAAGUAUAGAGUUGCUGCUGAUGAAGAAGCAUUCUUCAUUCCAUGACUAGAAAGAGUAAAUCAUUAAACCUCAUGGCUGAUAUAAGACUAAAUCUGUUUAAAGAAAAAAAAGAAAAAUUAGUAUAUGGAAUCCAGUGAAAACUUAUAUUAGUAACAUUAUUGAAAGAAAUAAUAAACUUAAAUAAGAAUGGUUUCACCUGAAGGAAAUGAUGUAGAUCUGUAUGCAAAAGUUGGGAUGGAUUUUUGCAGAUAGCAGUGUAUAAUUUCUUAAAGUAAUUGCACAAGAACAGAAGAGUGAAGGGCAUUUAUAGUUAGUUUAUAAAUAUAAUUGUUCUGUUCCAUUUGGUCUUUGUACCUAAAGUAUAAAGAAAAAAAUACUCAACUUUAAACUUAGAAUGACAAUUUAUAUAUUGCACAGUUAAAUGAAGAGCAGGAGUGGUUUUGUUAUAAUCUAAACCCUAGGGUUUUUGUAUUUCACAUAGCCAAGUCUCUUCAGAGAUGGAUAUACUCCAUGUUUUAUUUUUUAUUUUCAAUGUUACUAAUCAGUGGAUUUGCCUUGAACAUUGACAUUUCUGUUUACUAUUUUAAUUUUAUAUAUAUAUUUCCUUUGGCUUGUCAGCAGCUAAUAGAUUACAAGUGAUUGUAAUUUUUAUUUUAUAUUCCAGUAUAAAAACAAAAUAGGGCAGUCAGGAAUACUGAGUAUAGUAGAUAAUGCAGCUUAUCAGAAAUGGAAAAUAUUGUUAUUUUCAUACAGAACAAAGCUAAAUCACAGUCUCUGCAACUCUGGUUUAAACAUUAAUACAUUGUCUUGUAUAGAGUUCAUGGAACUUAUUGUUCUCAGAUUUAAGUUUCUAGCUUCACAUAAAAGUUUCCUGGGCAAGUAAUGCCUAAUUUGUAGGCAAACACAAAGCUGCAAGAUCUUUGCUGCUUCUGCUCCUGUUUUCGUGGUUUUGCCAUUUGAUAUCUAUUUAAAAGUAUUUGAAUUUAGAUUGUAUAAAGGUUUGUAGUUUGUGACCCUUGCCCCAUGAACAUGUCAGAUUUCAAUUUGGGAAGUAGAUGAUGUUGAUGUAAACAAAAGAAUAAGAAAAGAGAAAAAAAGAAAAGAAAAACAGGAGUAAGGCAGCAGUAAAUGGCAGCAGUAUCCAUUUGAUGGGUAGGGUCUGGUGAGAUAUGUUGAAGUGUGUGUAAAAAGUAAAUUUACUUAGUGAGGGACUUCUAAGCCUUAAGCUGAUGUCAUCAAAGAAAUCUCUCUAGUAUUGUAUAUGUAUGUACAGACCAUUGUAAACAAAGGGUAUGUAUUUUAAAAUGUACAAUUAAUGUAUUUAGUUAUCAUAUAAAGUGUACAGUUCUCUUUUUCCUAAUAAAAUGUAAAGUUGG